AUGAGUCCACCAAAAAAUAGGGGCUUUAGUCCGGCGGAAACAGCGGACAGCACAGACAGGUGUAAGGACAGAAAGACAGGAAGACAGGAAUCCAAGAAGGCGGAAGCUAGAGGUAGAGGUGGAGAUAUAUCACAAGGAAUCAAUCCGAGGACUCAGAGUUUGGACAGGGAAGUGGACUCAGGCCCAUGGAAAUGGAUAUGGAUCCUAGGAAACAGCAAUAAGUGUGAUCUAAGGGACAUGUGCAACGGGAAUGCAAAUAGAAGCAGGACCAGAAAUGAACUGUCAGGCGGAUCACAGGAGACAGAGAUGAACUGUGAAGUGGAUCUGAUGUUUAGGGGUUCAGUGGACCCGAGUGGAUCCGAUGUACCUGUCAUAUUUGUGCAAAAUUAUUACAGUGAGGUUGGGUCAGGGCCAUCAACAGGCUUGGACCCUGAGGACCAAUCUGAUGAGGAAGAUGAGAAGUUGCCUGAUUUAACAGUGGAGGUAGAUGAUGAGGGCAAUCCUUGCCUACCAACAGGCUUUGAAUCACUCAUGCUCAAGAACCAGCAGAAGGUCAUACAAAAGGUAUUUCAAAAGGCUCAUGCUUACAUUCAACAAUGGUCAUCUCAAACAAACCCUAGGGCUGCAGUCCACUGGGGUCGUAUUACCCAAGAUCCAGACCAUUACCUUGACAUGGACUGUACCCCUCAGAAUGUCAUCAUCAAGGAUCCUUCUCACCUACAGAAGGAAGCCAUCACUAUGAUUUUUUCACUCUGGAAAUAUCAUGCUAACCUAUCAUCAGACGAGGAUGGGGUACUGAAGAAUGCCCCCCAAGCCAAUGGUUCUUCUGACAAAGAUGAAGACUUGGAAAGCCACACCUCAUCUCUUUCCAAUUACUGCCCAAAAUUCCAUAUGGGUGGUGACACACAAACUCCUGAUUCUAAGGGCAUGGCUAGAAAGCAACAUCUGUCUGUCUGGGCAUCUUGGAUGUGGUCUGAGGCAUAUCUACCUCAAAAUAUACACAAUGAUAUUCAGGCUUCCUUUGUGGCUUUGGAGGAACUAGGCAACUAUGUCAUCAAAUCUCGUGUUUUGGGUAUUAUUGUUGUCCUGGGCUUUGGACUCCUCCUUCAUAAGUGUUGCUGCGCUCAGGAGUAUGAAACAGAUGAGGCUGGAGAUGAUAUGCCUCAAUAUUUGGGCGACUCCAUCCUUGGCAUCAAGGUGGGAGACAAGGUUGAAGAGGCCAUUACCAGAAUCCAGGUGAAGGUGAACACAAUGCUGCCAGAUGGUAAUGAGAAGCAGAUGACAGUGGGGGAAGAAGUUCACAUGAGGCAUCUGGAUAACAAAAGGCAGGUAAAAGAGAGGGGGAAAGCAGAGCAGGCACAGGUGGCAGAGGAAAAGAGAGUGGCUGAAGAGGUGCAGGUUUCUGAGGAGAAGAGGGUUGCUGAGGCAUCUUAG